CGGCCGCCACCGGCCCGAGAGCGGGACGGGGGUGGGCAGAGGGAGGGAGGGGGAGAGGAAGAGGAAGGAAAGAGAAGAGGAAAAGGAAGAGGACGGGGACACUGCUCGUCCCACAGCUGCCGCUGCCAGUCCCCGCCGCAGCCCCACCAUGAUCAAAGCCAUCCUUAUCUUCAACAAUCACGGCAAGCCUCGGCUCUCCAAGUUCUACCAGCGCUAUAGUGAAGACACGCAGCAACAAAUUAUCAGAGAAACUUUCCAUUUAGUAUCGAAACGUGAUGAAAAUGUCUGUAAUUUUCUAGAAGGAGGACUAUUAAUAGGUGGAUCCGAUAACAAACUAAUUUACCGACACUAUGCCACCUUGUAUUUUGUCUUCUGUGUGGAUUCCUCAGAAAGUGAGCUUGGUAUUUUAGACCUCAUACAAGUAUUUGUGGAAACACUCGACAAAUGUUUUGAAAAUGUCUGUGAGCUGGAUUUAAUCUUCCAUGUAGACAAGGUCCAUAAUAUAUUGGCUGAAAUGGUCAUGGGUGGAAUGGUUUUGGAGACCAAUAUGAAUGAAAUUGUCACUCAGAUUGAUGCUCAAAAUAAACUGGAGAAAUCUGAGGCUGGUUUAGCAGGAGCUCCAGCCCGGGCUGUUUCAGCUGUAAAGAAUAUGAAUCUGCCAGAGAUCCCAAGAAAUAUUAAUAUUGGUGACAUCAGUAUAAAAGUACCAAACCUGCCCACUUUUAAAUAACAUGGCUACUCCAGGUAAUACCAAGGAAGAAAUGUAAUAGAGAUUUACUGCAUAAUUGUUUACUAAAUAAACAUGUCUAACUUUUACUGUUCAGAUAAAACUCAAGGUACUGCAUAGACAUAACCUGAAAAAUCAGUGUGUGGAGUUGAAUGUUGCUUUUGUCUUGUUUGUGAAAUUAAAGGAAAGGGGUAGUUCCCACGUGAUUUCUAAAUUACAUUCCUAUGCCCUUGCAAGGCAUAUCACUGUGUCUCAGCUGCUGCAGUAUUUUGGGGAAGAAUUGAAGAUAUUCUUUACUUUGUAUAAACUAUAAUGCUGAGGUUUUUUGUAUAUUCACCAAAGUCUAUAAUUAGUGCGUUCUUUAACUACUUCUGUUUGUCAUGAUUAUUUAAUACUUAAGUGCAGAUGUUGCAUGAAAACAUUUAACUCAUGUUUUGUUUAAAUAAAAUCAUAACAAACUGGACUUCGAAACACCUGUUUUUUGAAGUCUACUGUUUGCAAUAAACCAUGUUAUUUCCUAAUCAUGGAGCCAAUUGACUAUAUAUAAGUACUGUUGUAGCAGACAUUGAUGUUGUAGUUUAAUCUCUGAAGGGCUUACACAGGGGUAUUGUGCUGAACAUGUUGGCUCUUUACAUUUCUCACAAAAGCUGUUCAUUAUUAUACUAAAGGAAAAAACUGCCUUUACCGAAGAUUUAAUGACUUUUGUUUACAUAUACAUGUUGAUACUUACACAAUCUGAUAGACUUUUGCUGAUGGUCUGACUUUGUUUUGGGGAAAAAUGGGCCCUGUGAUUGCUCUGUGUUGUGAGAAGCACAAAAUGGGCUGAGGAGAUUAUAUUUGGGCAGUUCAAACCUGUACAUGACAGUCUAUCAAAUAAUGUGAUAAAGAAAGGCGCUGGAAAGAUAAAUGGGGAUACUUUAAUAGGGCCUCUGUGCCUGGUGAUAUUUGUGAUUCUCUACAUUCAAUUGGAUUUGAGAGACACAUAGAAUUGUCAAGACCUCAGAGAAAUCUAAGUGCUAUCACCUCUGCGUAAGUUGCUCAGCUCUUAAACUCUUCUGUGAUUUAAAAAACAUAAAAGGGGGAUAGUGAUUGUUUUUUAUGAUCAUGCUCUUAAGCUCUGUGUGAUGUACAAGUAUGUUUAAAUAAAUAAUAAAAACAUCAUUGGGAUAUUUAAGAAUUCCUGCAAAGCCUUUUUUUUCUCAAAAAAAAUACUUAGUCAAUACUGUAUAUGAAAAUGCAAUAACAUCAAGAACAACAGAUUUCAGGACGAGUCUGAGAGGUACUGCACUACUUCAGGGAUUUGGAUUUGAUGUAAACUGAGUGUUCUUUUCCUUUAGUUGAAUGUUAAGACAUAGUCUAGAGGAUAAGCUUUGAAGCACAUCACGUUUUCUGUUUGAUCAACAGUAACUAACGUAUUUUGGGAGCAUUUGAGAGAGAAAAGGAGAAAAAGAAAUUACUUUUGAGGUAGAAAAUCUGAUACAAUCCAAGGAAUUUU